AUCUAUUGUUUGUUAGUAAAAUAAAUUCAUAAAAAUCAUUAUCAAAGACUAUAUUUCAGUAGAAAUAUCCAAUAAUUUUAAAAACCUGAUAAAGAAAACAAACCAAACACAUUUAUCUAGUAUUCUUACCUAUCUGCCUAUAUAUAUUAGCAAGUAUCAUUCUAAAGCUUCUCAAAUCAAAGGAAACCGUUCCGGUCUUUCCUCUCGUCCUCGUCUCUUUGCUAUUAGCUCUGUUCUGCGAAAUGGAGUUACAGAACGAGGACAAGAACAAAGAAGAAGAGAAAAAUACAAAGAAGAAGUGGCAGAAGAGUUACUUCGAUGUUUUGGGAAUCUGUUGUUCAUCGGAAGUUCCUCUGAUCGAGAAUAUUCUCAAGUCUCUCGACGGCGUUAAGGAAUAUUCCGUCAACGUCCCGUCGAGAACCGUGAUCGUUGUCCAUGACAACCUCCUCAUCUCUCCGUUCCAAAUUGCUAAGGCCUUGAACCAAGCUAAGUUUGAAGCCAACGUUAAAGUGGACGGGAAAACCAACUUCAAGAAUAAAUGGCCAAGCCCUUUCGCGCCGGCUUCCGGCAUACUCCUCCUCCUCUCCUUUCUGAAGUUUGUAUACCCGCCUCUACGUUGGAUCGCUGUCGCAGCCGUCGCCGCUGGUAUUUAUCCGAUUCUUGCAAAAGCCGUUGCUUCUAUAGGAAGGAAGAGGGUCGACAUCAACAUCCUAGUCAUUAUAACCGUGGCAGCAACACUUGCAAUGCAAGAUUACAUGGAGGCAGCAGCAGUUGUGUUCUUAUUCACCAUAGCCGAAUGGCUUGAAACAAGAGCUAGCUACAAGGCAACCGCGGUAAUGCAGUCACUGAUGAGCUUAGCUCCACAGAAGGCAAUAAUAGCAGAGACUGGAGAAGAAGUUGAAGUAGAUGAGGUUAAGGUUAACACCAUUGUAGCAGUAAAAGCCGGAGAAACCAUACCUAUUGAUGGUAUUGUGGUGGAUGGAAACUGUGAAGUAGACGAAAAAACCUUAACGGGAGAAGCAUAUCCUGUUCCUAAACAGAGAGAUUCUACGGUUUGGGCUGGAACCAUCAAUCUAAAUGGCUAUGUUAGUGUGAAAACAACUUCUUUAGCCAGUGAUUGCGUGGUUGCAAAGAUGGCUAAGCUCGUGGAAGAAGCUCAGAGCAGUAAAACCAAAUCUCAAAGACUAAUAGACAAAUGUUCUCAGUACUAUACUCCAGCAAUUAUCUUAGUAUCAGGUGGCUUUGCGGUUGUCCCGGCUGUAAUGAAACUACACAACCUCAACCAUUGGUUCCACUUAGCACUAGUUGUGUUAGUCAGUGCUUGUCCAUGUGGUCUUAUCCUCUCUACACCAGUUGCUACUUUCUGUGCGCUUACAAAAGCGGCUACUUCAGGGCUUCUGAUCAAAAGUGCUGAUUAUCUCGACACUCUCUCAAAGAUAAAGAUCACUGCAUUCGACAAAACCGGGACUAUUACCAGAGGAGAGUUCAUUGUCAUUGAGUUCAGAUCACUGCAUUCGACAAAACCGGGACUAUUACCAGAGGAGAGUUCACUGUCAUUGAGUUCAGAUCACUCUCUAGUUGACUAUGCUAAAUCUGUUAAUGUUGAGCCUAGGACUGAAGAAGUUGAGGGUUACCAGAACUUUCCAGGUGAAGGAAUCUAUGGGAAGAUUGAUGGGAAUGAUAUCUACAUUGGGAACAAAAGGAUUGGUUCAAGAGCUAAGAUUUCAACAGUUCCAGAGAUUGAGGUGGAUACCAACAAAGGAGGAAAGACUGUAGGAUACAUCUAUGUAGGUGAAAGACUAGCUGGAGUUUUCAAUCUUUCUGAUGCUUGUAGAUCAGGUGUAGCUCAAGCAAUGAAGGAACUGAAAGACCUUGGCAUCAAAACCGCAAUGCUAACUGGAGAUAAUCAAGAUGCAGCCAUGCAUGCUCAAGAACAGUUGGGAAAUGCUAUGGAUGUUGUGCAUGGAGAACUUCUACCAGAAGACAAAUCCAGAAUCAUACUAGAGUUUAAGAAAGAAGGACCAACAGCAAUGGUAGGAGACGGUGUGAAUGAUGCACCAGCUUUAGCCACAGCUGAUAUUGGUAUCUCCAUGGGGAUCUCCGGCUCUGCACUUGCAACACAGACUGGUCAUAUCAUUCUGAUGUCUAAUGAUAUCAGAAGGAUACCACAGGCGAUAAGGCUAGCCAGGAGAGCUCGGCGCAAAGUGGUCGAAAACUUGUUCAUAUCAAUCACUUUGAAAGUAGGGAUACUAGUUUUGGCGUUUGCUGGUCAUCCUUUGAUUUGGGCUGCGGUGCUGGCCGAUGUAGGGACUUGUCUUCUUGUGAUUCUCAACAGUAUGUUGCUGCUGCGAGAUAAGGACAAAACCAAGAACAAAAAGUGUUACAGGGCUUCUAGCACUUUGUUGAAUGGUAAAAAACUUGAAGGGGGUGCAGAGGAAGAGCUGGACUUGGAAGCAGGUUUGUUAACAAAGAGUGGUCAAUGCAACUCAGGAUGUUGUGGUGAUAAGAAAAAGCAAGAGAAGGUGAAACCAAGUAGUAAAUCCAGUUAUACCCAUAGACAUUCUGGUUGUUGUGGUGAUAAGCAGCAGCAAGAUAAUGUAAAGACGAUUGUGAAAGAGAGCUGUUGCGGUGAGAAAAAUAAGAUACACAUGGCUUCAUUUAGCUCAUGCAAGAAGUCUACUCAUGUCAAAAAAGGUGGUUCAGGUUGUUGUGAUAAGAAGAAAGAGAAGAUGAAGGAGACAGUGGCAAAGAGGUGUUGUGAGGAGAAGGAGAAAAAUGUUGAGAUGCAGAUUCUUGGUGGCCAAGAGUUAAUUGAUUUGGAGAAAGGUCUGGCUGGUGAAACCUGCAAAUCAAGAUGCUAUGGAACUAAAGAGAAGGCUGCUGAAGCUGCAUACAAAGUGGACUGCAACUCAGGAAGCUGCCAGGAAAACGAGACAGUGAAACAAAGAUGCCCUGAGAAGACAUGUCUAGACAUUGAAACUGGUGACUCCAAGUUGGUUUGUUAUGGAGAGACAGAAGGAGAAGUGGGAGAGCAAUCUGAUCUUGAGGUAAAGAAUGAAAGAGAAUGCAAGUCUGGUUGCUGCAGUGAUGAAAGAAAACAAACCGAGGAAAUAACUCUGGCUUCGGAGGAAGAGACGACAGAGAUUCUGGAUUGCUCCUCCUCAGUGAAGCAAAGCUGCCAUGAGAGUACAUGUCUAGAAGUGAAAGAGCAAUUUGAUCUCAAGAUAGAAAAUGAAGGACGUUGCAAGUCUGACUGCUGUGGUGAUGAGAAACAAACUGGAGAAAUAACUAUGGCAUGUGAGGAAGAGACAGACGGCUCGGAUUGCUCCUCGACAUGCUGUGGAAACAAGGAAAAAGUUGAACAAAGCUGUCAUGAGAAGGCAUGUCUGGACAUUGAAGCUGGUGUGAGUUGUGAUCUCAAGUUGGCUUGUUGUGGAAACACAGAAGGAGAAGUGAAAGAGAAACUUGAUUUUGAGGAGGGCUUGCAGAUAAAGAACCAAGGACAAUGCAAGUCUGAUUGCGGUUUGAAGGAAGAAGGGUCUUCUAGUUUGGUGGGCAAAGAGCGAGAGAUAGUGAAAGUUCUUAGCCAAAGCAGCAACUGCUGCACAAGUCCUACUGAGUUGCACGUGAAGAAGAAGAAGAUAGAGAUUUGUUGCAAAGUGAAGACUCCAGAGGCCGUUGCUUGUGAAUCUAUUAAGUGUAAGGAAAGAGAGAAGCGUCACAUUGGUAAAAGCUGUUGCAGGAGUUAUGCCAAGGAAUAUUGCAGCCACAGGCACCACCACCAUCAUCAUCAUCACCAUGUUGGUGCUGUUUAAUGGCCUUUUGAAUCUAGAUGUAUCCAUCUAUUCACAAUAACCUUGCUUCUUCCACUAGUGCCGUCCAGAAAAUGAAAAACAUUGCUGUUUUAUUGUUUCCAGCCAUUGUGUGGUUCAUCAAGAACAAUGUUAAUGAUCCUUUAUGUUUGCCUCUAGUAUUUCUCGUUUUUUGCUUUGUUACUCGGUUAUUUGAAAAUGUUGGAUAAAACAAGUUGGAACUUUUAUCAU